CCUUUCUCUCUCCUCCUUUACUCCCCUUAACUCGGAGAUUGAUUCCGGAUAUCCCUGUAAGUCGAAUCCGCUGUGCCGGGCCACAUAGUGUUGCACAAAGACGUAUCUCCAAAUGUCAAGAACAUAAACUUGACUUCAACUCGUAUGCGAUGUCCAUAUCAAAACCCUGGAAUCAUCACUUCGGUUCUCACCCGUUCCCGGCCAAGCAGAACCUGAAUCUACAUCUCUACCGGGACGCCCUUUCCUCUUCUCUUCUUUCUCCAGUAGCUCUCUCUCUGCCUCUACCUAGCUACUCUCAUCCUCAUCCACCUACCAUGUCCAACAUGAAUGCCCUCUCCGCAGAUGAGAUGGAGCGUUUCCAAAAACUCUCUAAUACCUACGAGCCGGAUGUACAGGGACCACUUGUCUCACGCAAGGAGCCUACUCAGAGUGUUGCGUUGGAAUAUGCUAAUGCAGACCAUGCGCUCUCUGCAAAGACUAAUGCGCUGGCCAUCACCCACCCGGAGUAUCGUAUCAUGAAAGGUGAUGGCAACUGUGGCUGGAGAGCGGUGGCUUUUGGUUAUUUCGAAACGCUGUUUGCGUUGCGUGACCCCAUGCGCAUCCAGCGUGAGAUUACUCGCUUCAAGUCGCUCGAGAUGCUCUUGAAGCAGGUUGGGCAUUCGGAACACCUUUAUGAGAUCUUUACCGAUGCUACUGAGGACCUCUUUACCCAGACUAUUAAUGCUAUUCAGGGUGGUGCCGGGGAUGAAUCUUUCCUUGUUGAUGCUUUCAAUAAUGAGUUUGCGUCCAGUGCUGUUAUUACUCAUUUCAGACUUUUGACGAGCUCUUGGAUGAGACUUAAUCCACAUCGAUACCAGGCUUUCUUGUCUCUGCCGCUGGAGCAGUAUUGCGCCUCGCAAAUAGACCCGUUGAAGACUGAAAUUGAUGAAGUUGGUCUUCAGGCACUGGUCGACGGGGUCAUUGAAGGUGCCGGCUUUGGCGUGGAGAUUCUGUACCUCGACCGAAGUGAAGGCGAUGCUGUCACACCUCACCAGCUAUCCCCUCACAACCCCAGCGGUGCAACAAUCCGUCUCCUCUACCGACCAGGCCACUACGACCUUCUCUACCCAGCCGACCCAAAUGUGAACAUGGAACCGAUAGUCAACUACCAAUACGCAAUGACAUCCGACUACUCCAACUGGAACGAAGGCCCCCUCGGAUUCGACGUCGACUCGUCUCUAAUGGCCAUCCCAAACCUCAUGGCCGAUCCAUCCUUCGCAAUGGGCACCCCCAUGUCGCCCAUGCCAUCAGUCUCACCAACCCCAACCAGUCCAUUCCGAAUGUCCCCCCAACAAGAAAUGUACCAGUCGCCCAUGCAGACUCAUGCGCCAAUCCCGUCUAUCCCUGUUUCUUCACCUCCGCCACCAAUACCGCCCCCUUCUGCUGCGCCGCCCCCAAUGACUGCAUUGCCUAGUAGAUCGUCUGACGGCCCGCAGAUCAGACUCAACCCCUUGGUUAUGAAACCUAAUUUGAGUCGCUCGCUGCCUGUCACAACCCCCUUCAAAAAUUCGCCUUACAAUCAAGCCCAUUUCCAGAAUACCGACUUUGAACCUAUUCAUUGGGAACCUCAUGAUCGACGAUAAACAUGCCACGCGUACACGAGAUGGAUUUCUUUUUGCUUUUUUUCGCCUUGAAAAUUCUGGGCUUAGUGGACUUGCGGGAUUUGGUUGUUUCACCAUCCAAGUCCAGUCCCCGAAGCCGGUUUGGAUGAGCUUUUACAGUUGCCUGGUCCUCCCCUUAUGAGUUCAUUUUCUCUUCUUUCCUCUUCCCCCUUUUCCUAUGACUGUUCUCUUAGCGUGGUGCAGUGCGUUGCAUGGUACGAGCGUUUCACCCAGAUUGUUUCUUUUCUUCUUCCCUUCUUUCUUCCUUCGUUUCAGCCCCGGGGUCUUUCGUCUUUCAGCUUGAUUUUUCAUUUCAUUUCUCUUUCUAUUCUUCUU